AUGUCUCAGCGCGACUCUAGUUCCUCUAGCGGGACACCCAAUUUUGUUUUCGUGGCCGAAAAUAGCCACUCGCAAGCUCGGAGCCAUGCGAUGCGUGAGCACUGGAAACAGCGGCAUGGACGCAGGCGAGAGGCCAAAUCGCACUCUAGACGAAAAUCCCGGACACUUGUCUCGCGUUCGGAGCUGAAUGAAGAUACCUCUCAAUCCCAUGAUGCCCUUACAGAUGGUUCCCCGGACGGGCACCAAGGCAAUUCAGAUCAAAACAGGGAGCAAUAUCCCAGUGUCGCUACCCAGCUUUUGUCUGGCCUGAGCCGCACUUUUUCUCCUUCCAGACCUGACCCAUUUCAAACAUGCCCUGUUCCUCUUACAAGCCAACAUCAGAAAUUGCUCCACCAUUGGAUAAGCACUCAUGCAGCGAUGAUGUUCGAAGAUCUGGAUGCUGCCGAUUUCAAUCCAAUGAGGGAUGUUUGGUUUCCCUUGGAUCUGUCGAAUCCGUCAUCUUUCAAUUGCGUUAUGGCACAUUCUGCUGCCCAUCUAGCUCAUCUCUAUGCCGGAACAUGUCCACAACGAGGCACAAAGUCCUCUGAUGCCUUGAGGUUUAAAGCCGAGGCAUUGAGGAUCCUGCGCUGUUGGCUUGUUGAUCCAAAAACAGAGCUGAGUGAUGACGCUUUUGCCGCCAUUAUUCGUCUUCUCACGUUCGAGAGAUAUUGGGGCACCGUUGCGGAGUGGAAAAUUCACCGUGACGGCUUACAGAGAAUGAUCGAAGCCAAGGGUGGCGUUGAAGAGCUGCGUGAUAACUGGCGCUUAGAGCUUGUGGUCUACCUUGUCUCUUUGAUGUCACAGCCAUCAUGGCUUGAGUCCACGAAUAAUCUCGAGGAGAUAUCUCGCCUUCCAUCCCAAUCCCCAAUUGCCCAUCCGAUCCUUCUGUCUCUCGACAUCCAAAAAGUCCGCUGUCUUUGGUUAAUAUCAUUUAUCCAAGAUAUGCGGACCUUCAUGGGAUCUUUCCAUAGAAUCGGGUUGUCAAUCUUUCCAUCUGUUCACACUGCAGUUGAACUGUUACGACACAAUCUGCAGCUUUGCCUCGAGAGCACUUCUGUCGAGACAUAUGUCUCCGAACUGGAAGAUGAAAUGUUGACAUGCCUCUUCUCAAUCGGUGUCAUAUUGCAGGAGUCGAUUUCCCCUCUAUACGAAAGCACUUCUCAAACACCAGCAUUCAACACCUUGACUAUGCUGGAUAGCGCUUUGAGUGAAUCUCAGGAUGCAUGGAGCCAGUCCGUUCGCAACUUGCGCUCCACUCUCUGUCAGAUUCUUGUGCAAUUAUACGGCAUUGGGGACUUCAAGGUCAAUUACGUUGUGGAGUUAGUCAAGGUCCUUAGCAUGCUGAGCUUGGAGGCACGCCGAGGAGUUGAAAAGUGUCUUCUCAAUUUAUUCUACUCAUUGGGGGACCGGGGAAACAUGGCUUUGAUCGACGAUGGAUGGACACCCGAUUCGCUAUUAUCUACUGUGCGUGGGCAUUGA